AUGCGUUUUUCACCAUGUCUGCUCGUCGCCGGCCUUUCGACCGGCGUGCACGCCUUCUACCCGUGGGAAUUGAAAGUGGAAACUGGUGUAUUGCGCCGCUUCAUGCCAUGGACUCUGCUUCCUUCAGCCGAGGAUGAUAUCUCCGUCAAGAAGCCACUGACCUUCGACAUCAAGAAAGCCUCCGUUCGUCGCGACACCUACUCAAUCGUCGAAGCCAAUAUACCGACUUUACCGCACAGUGCGCCACUAGACCAAGAUGGAUUGGACUAUUCUUACUUCGCCGUAGUGCAAGUUGGUUCACAAAAGGAGGAAAUGUGGCUCGCCUUGGAUACCGGUUCCCCUAGCAGUUGGGUUUUCGGCACUAGCUGCACGGACAGCAUCUGUACGAGUCAUCAUACAUGGAAUAAGUCUGAGUCGAGCAGCUACAUCUCGAACAGCUCCUCCUACAGCAUCGGUUACGGAAGCGGAAACGUAUCGAUGGAUCUGGGGCAGGACAUAUGGUCCGUUGCGGAUAUGGAUGUGACAUUCACUUUCGGAUCGGCAUGGUCGGUGGCUAAGUCAUUUGCAAACUACCCCAUUGACGGCAUUUUGGGCUUGGGGCGAUCGCAUGUCGAUGGCUGGACUAUUCCUUCCUUCAUGGACGUUGUUGCCUCGAAGGCUUUGCUUAGCUCCAACGUUGUCGGCUUUAGUUUGUCGCGUGCUGCGGACGAUGUGAAGGACGGCGAGGUCAAUUUUGGUACUAUUGAUAAUGCCAAGUUUGAUGGUAAUAUCAGCUACACUGCGACCAAUCAAAACCGCUGGACCAUUCCCCUCGAUGAUGUUUACGUGAACGGCCAAGCCGUCAACUUCAGCGGAAAGUCCGCCACCAUCGACACUGGCACCACCUAUAUUCUGAUCCCCCCGGCUGACGCAGCUUCUCUCUUCGCCCUUAUCCCCGGUUCCUCGAAGUCGGAUGAGAACUAUAUCAUUCCUUGUAACACGAAGGCCACUCUGGAGUUUGAAUUCUCUGGUAUAAAGUACUCUAUUGAGCCGGAGGAUUACAUCGGCGCGUCCAGCACCGGUGGUUGUGUUUCAACCAUUGUUGGCCACCAAUCUGCUGGAGCAGACACUUGGCUUGUCGGAGACGUUUUCUUGAAGAAUGUUUACACUGUCUUCGACUUCGAUAACGUACGGAUCGGCUUUGGAGGACGACUGGUCAAUUCCACGUCUGUAAAUGGCACCUUGUCUUCCACUAGCACCACCGAAACCAAUUCCACUGCCGCGGCCACCGAAAGCUCUACGAAUGCUGCUGCUGUGUCAGGCUCGACUUCCACGACGGCUGUUGCCACUGGCUCGGCGUCCCAUCUCUCUCUCGGCCUGGGCUCUUCGCUGCUCAUGACCGUUGCAUCUAUACUCUUCCUAUAA